AUGACACAUACGCUAACUACUUCCUCGCUCCAGUUCAAGAAACUUCUUGCGCCUGGGAAGAUUGGUCAGAUCCUCUGUUUGGGUAACCUCACCGACAAGCACACGUACGAGUACCUACGAUCCGUCGCGCCCGACCUUAAGAUCGUCAAGGGCCGAUACGAUGUCGAGGCCACCUCCCUGCCGCUGACCCAAGUCGUCACCCACGGCGGUAUCCGCAUCGGCUUCCUCGAAGGCUUCACCCUCGUCUCCAACGAACCGGACCUGCUCCUUGCCGAAGCCAACAGGCUGGACGUUGACGUCCUCUGCUGCGGCGGCACCCACCGCUUCGACGCGUUCGAGUACAUGGACAAGUUCUUCGUCAAUCCGGGGAGCGCUACCGGCGCGUUUAGCAACGGCUGGGGUCUUGAGGGGGAAGAUCCCACCCCGAGCUUCUGCCUGAUGGAUGGAAUCUCGCUCACACUCUACGUGUAUCAAUUAAGGACCGACGACAAGGGAAACGAAAACGUGGCAGUGGAAAAGGUGACUUACACGAAGCCGGUGGAGCCAGCCGCCAGCUCUUCAUGA